CAAGUCAACGAGGCAUGUUUCCUACUGAGUAAAGCGCUGGAAACAGACCAAAUCUUGGAUGACUUAACUGAUGCCCGGCCAAAUCCCCGAGAAUGGACUAGAACUCUUUCAGUGUUACGACAUAACUUGUGUUUCUCAGCUGUUGGAAAGACUUUGCCCUGGACUGACAAAUUACUGGAGAAUGAAGAGAGGUGGAGUGCAGAUUUUAUUGUGUAAAGGCUAAUAAAAGCCAAAUAAAACACUGAGCAAAUAAAAAACACUUUUUCAAUAUUGCUGCACGAAUUUCCCCCCAUUUAUUCCCUCCAAGUCAGGCGCAACAUGGCUCCAUGGACAUCAGUUCUCCUCAACCCAGGCACAAUUUUCUUGCUGUUUGCACUGUUGUUACUAGCUACAUUUUGGAUUUUGAGCAUUCCUGGAAAGUCUUGUCAGCAGCUGCCGCCAGGUCCUCUUCCACUUCCAAUCAUUGGCAAUUUGCAUUUGAUAGAUAUUAGAAGACAAGAUUUAUCAUUGAUGAAGCUUUCAGAAAAAUAUGGCCCUGUCUUCACGGUCUAUUUUGGUUUACAGAAGGUUGUGGUGCUGAUUGGCUAUGAGGCCGUGAAAGAGGCACUCCUGAGCAAACGCAAUGAAUUUAUAGACAGGCCUUCAAUCCCAAUAUUCUCUCGAAUCCAGCAUGGGAACGGUGUAUUUUUCUCUGUUGGAGAACUAUGGAAAUCCACCCGUCGGUCCACUUUGUCAAGCAUGCGAGACCUUGGGAUGGGCAAAAAACGGAUAGAGGGAAGGAUUCUCGAAGAGCUGCAUUUCCUUAUUGAGGUAGUCAAGUCCUUUAAAGGUGAAUCUUUUAAAUUAAAGUCACUUGCUGUUGCUCCAGCAAACAUCACCUUUGCCAUAUUGUUUGGAGACAGGUUUGACUAUGCCGACCCAACUUUUGUCACUCUUGUAAGACUCAUAGAUGAAGUGAUGACCCUUCUGGGAGCACCGUCCUUGCAUUUAUUUAAUGUGUACCCAUUCCUUGGAUUCCUUUUCAAACCCCACAAAAUGAUAUUGAGCAAAACCGAAGAGGCCUGUGUCAUUCUGAAGAAAUACAUCAUGGCAGGCAAGCAAAAUAUCCAUGACAGCCACUUAUACAACUACAUCAACUCUAUGCUGACCAAGCAACAAAAAGAGGAAACAAGCAAUGGCAAGAACUUGUUCCAUGAUGCCAAUGUGCUGGCAUCAGUGCUUGAUCUUUCCUUGGCUGGGAUAGAGACAACGGCCACUACACUGCAGUGGGCCAUUUUGUUGAUGAUGAAAUACCCAGAGAUUCAGCGACAGGUACAAGAGGAAAUCAAGAGAGUCAUUGGGCUGGAACGUUUGCCUACCUUUGAAGACAAGAAACGGAUGCCCUUUGCCAAUGCAGUGGUCCACGAGGUGCAGAGGUUUAUCUCUCUGCUGCCACACAUGCCACGCUGCACCGCUGUGGACACAUACUUCCGUGGCUACUUCAUUCCCCAGGGCACGAUGGUGAUCCCCUCUCUCACCUCAGUGCUGUAUGACAAGACUAAGUGGGAAACUCCCACCCAGUUUAACCCCAACCACUUUCUGGACGCCGAGGGAAACUUUGUGAUGAAAGAAGCCUUCCUGCCUUUCUCAAUCGGCCGAAGAAGUUGUAUUGGAGAGAGCUUGGGGAAGAUGGAGCUCUUCCUUUUCUUUGUUGGGUUGCUCCAGAGGUUUACGUUUUGUCCCCCUCCUGGCCUGACAGCAUUGGACUUGGACCUGACUGCAGAAGUUGCCUUCACACUGAGGCCCCAGCCCUACUCUACCUGUGCAGUACCCUUCAAAUAGAACAGCUUGUCCAAAUGGUAAUGUUCCAUUGUCUCAUGUGCACUGAUGAAUGUUUGCAAGUCCCCUGCCACCUCUUUUCCUCUUCAAAACCUUGCACAAAGCCUACUUUUCUGGGAAGAUUUUGGCAUAACCUCUGAGGCUCUCUUCUCCUUGAUGCUAAAUCUGUGCCUGUGUAGUAUCACUUUGGACUGCAGGUGGGGACUCAUAUGCCUGAAUGCUUUUCCAGACAAAAAAUAAAUCCCUGCACAUAGAAAGCUAGCCUGUCAGCGAGAAGGGUGGUAACCUAGCCUCCUUCUCCCAAACAUGAUAAUUUUCUGUGUGCAAGGCCAUGGGAAAAAUGUAGUCUUAUGGUCCCAGAAGCAACAUUGAGGUGCCCAGGAGCUUCCUCUGAAGUGCUACUUCUUUGAUGCAUAGACUGACACAGCUGAGUACUCUCAAUGUGUCAGGAAGAGGGGUUUGGAUUUGUUAGGCACUGGGGAACAUUUUGGGACAAGCCAGGCCUUUACAAAAUGGAUGGGCUCCACUUGAACUGGGAUGGAACCAGACUGUUGACGCUUAACAUAAAAAAAAAAAGUGACAGAGUAGCUUUUAAACUGAUUGCAGGUGGAAAGUUGACUGGAGCUAAAGAGCAUUGGGUUCGAGACAAAUCAUUCCCCAGAGCUGAGGGCGGAGAUGUUAAUGAUUGUCCAGAUUGGGGAGGGGUAGAAGUAGGCACUGGAAAGUGGAGGGGCACAUGACAGGAAUUCAAAGAUGACAAAGCACCGUUGGGUAAAAUACUCUAGACAUUUGGAGAAAGGCAAUGUAAAAAGGGAAAUGGGUUGCUGAAUUAUAAUAGACUCAUAAGCUUCUAAUGAUAUAACCACACAUGCUUCCAGCUGCUUUGCGACCCAUGUCUAGAAUAUAUUCCUCUAGAAAGCUGUCUUUCUUUAUGUGUCUCAGCAAGGCAUUGUAUGUAGUUCAUGGCCAUCUAUAGAAAGGGCUGGAAUCCAGAAGGUGUUGCUGUAGGAACAGAGGACGGUGCCUUGUAUCACAUCAGGCAAUUUGUCCAUCUACCCCAGUGUUGUCUACUCUGACUGGCAGCAGCUCUCCAGGGUGUCAGGCAGGGAAGGCCCUUUCCCACCACCUGACCUUUUUGACUGGAGAUGCUGCUAGGGAUCAAAUCUGGAACCUUCUGCAUGCAAAGGAUAUUUUGUCUUGUUUGAGGAAAGCGAGACUAAAAUUAGGGGAGCACAGAUAUUGGUUUGGAUGAAACUUGGAGCAGGCCUUGUCGGAAGAUCUGGAGUGCCCAAGGAGGGAAUAUACAGAUACAUACACAUCUCCAGGUGGAUUUUAUGAUUUUGUUUUAUGUAACGGUUUUAAUAUUUUAAUACACAUGCUCAUACAGGUAUACAGUGGAGCAACAGCUGCUUUUUAGGUACACAUUUAAUAGUUUGUAAGUAAAGCUUGAACAUACUCCACUAUAAACACUUUGUGUUUGUGCAAGUACAGUAAUAAUUGUAUGUAAUUCACUGUGUGGCCAUAAGUUGCAACAGCAUACCAUCAUGAAAACCAUCACAUAAAAACAACCUGUGUUUCUUGCACAAGCAAAGUCUUUUGGCCCCACUGUUCGCAACUUUUUGUAUCCUGACCAUCUAUCUGUUGAUGUGCUACUGAGGAAAAUCCUUUGCGUGCCUGGUGAUGUGGGCUGUUCUAAUCCAGGAAUGCUUUUGCCACAAUAAAUGUUGCUGCCACAGUC